ACUGACCAUUUUAUGUGUUUUGUUUUUUCUGGAAAGUAUGAAAGCCUGCUCUACUUUGGUCCAUCAUUGUUUCAUUGUUCUGGUCUGUUCUGCUUUGGGAUUUCAAUGCCACUUUACAAGGAAAAUGGCUGUAUCGUGGCAACGGGGAUUUUAAAGCACUUUUAAAAAAAGGGAAAGAAUAUAUAUUGGGCUAAAACAUCAGCUAAUGAACUUCAGAAUGAUGGGAGCAUGUAAACGGCAAGUCUGAGCUACUGAACAGCACAUUUAAAAAUGAAGCGGAUGCAGAUCUAAAGAGGUGCACAGGGUGUGUCUGCAGAUGAUGUGAUGAUGGAGCAAGCUGUCAAGGGCACGGUAAACAUCGCCGCAGCGGUACAGGGAACGUUGCUGGCGUUGACAGGGACGUUACUGCUGAUUCUGCUGCACAGAAUAUUUACAGCCAAGAAUUGGAGGAACCAAUCAGCUGUCCCAGGUCCGGGUUGGUGGUUGGGUCUCGGGCCGAUUAUGAGCUACAGCAGGUUCCUGUGGAUGGGGAUCGGCUCCGCAUGCAACUACUACAACGAAAAAUAUGGCAGCAUUGCUCGGGUCUGGAUCAACGGAGAAGAGACCUUUAUACUUAGCAAGUCCUCUGCCGUGUAUCAUGUUCUGAAGAGCAAUAAUUACACUGGGAGGUUUGCCAGUAAAAAAGGUCUGCAGUGCAUUGGUAUGUUUGAACAAGGCAUUAUCUUCAACAGCAACAUCGCAUUGUGGAAGAAAGUGAGAACAUAUUUCACCAAAGCUCUUACAGGUCCGGGUCUUCAGAAAUCAGUAGAUGUGUGUGUCAGCGCGACCAACAAACAGCUUAACGUCCUGCAGGAGUUCACAGACCACUCGGGAUAUGUGGAUGUACUCAAUCUUCUGCGCUGUAUCGUUGUCGAUGUUUCCAAUAGACUCUUCUUAAGAAUCCCUCUCAAUGAGAAAGACUUGCUGAUAAAGAUCCACCGGUAUUUCAGUACCUGGCAGGCAGUUCUCAUACAGCCAGACGUUUUCUUCAGACUAAACUUUGUGUACAAAAAAUACCACCUGGCAGCAAAAGAGCUGCAGGAUGAAAUGGGAAAGCUUGUGGAGCAGAAGCGACAGGCCAUCAAUAACAUGGAGAAGCUGGAUGAGACGGACUUCACAACAGAGCUGAUAUUUGCUCAGAACCACGAUGAGCUGUCUGCGGACGAUGUGAGGCAAUGUGUGCUGGAGAUGGUGAUCGCCGCUCCAGACACCCUUUCCAUCAGUCUGUUCUUCAUGCUUCUCCUGCUGAAGCAGAACUCUGCCGUGGAGGAGCAGAUCGUACAGGAGAUACAAUCUCAGAUAGGCAAGCGGGAUGUAGAGUCGGCUGACCUGCAGAACCUGAACGUUCUAGAGCGCUUUAUCAAAGAGUCUUUGAGGUUCCAUCCAGUGGUGGACUUCAUCAUGAGACGGGCACUGGAGGACGACUACAUCGAUGGCUACCGAGUGGCGAAGGGGACGAACCUCAUCCUGAACAUCGGUCGCAUGCACAAGUCUGAGUUCUUCCAAAAACCCAACGAAUUCAACUUGGAGAACUUUGAGAACACUGUAAGUACUGGGACAAUCAGACACGUAAGAUCAAAUAAAACCAUACAAACCUGGAUUUAA